GUUGCUGUGACGUCAUCAACCAGCGCCAGUAAACGAUCGCGUGUGUCGAGUGGAAGCAGCGACAAAAUACCCAAUUAAUGAUUAAUAAUUGAAGUAUAACUAAACUAAAUCUCUAAGGACUCAUUGGGUAAAUUAUGGACGACGAAGAGGAGACUUACAGAUUGUGGAAAAUUCGCAAGACCAUCAUGCAGUUAUGCCAUGACAGAGGCUACCUUGUGACCCAGGACGAAUUGGACCAGACUCUAGACGACUUCAAGAGUCAAUUUGGAGACAAACCCAGCGAGAGUCGACCCAGGCGCACGGACCUUACCGUGUUGGUGGCGCACAACGAUGACCCCACCGACCAGAUGUUUGUUUUCUUCCCCGAGGAGACCAAGGUGGGCAUCAAGACAAUCAAGAUGUAUUGCCAGAGGAUGCAGGAGGAGAACAUUACACGGGCCAUCAUUGUGGUCCAGAUGGGCAUGACACCCUCUGCAAAACAGUCUUUAGUGGACAUGGCACCCAAGUACAUCCUGGAGCAGUUUCUACAGCAGGAGCUCCUCAUCAACAUCACAGAACAUGAGCUCGUACCAGAACACAUCGUCAUGACAAAAGAGGAAGUGACGGAGCUCCUGGCAAGAUAUAAACUCAAGGAAAGUCAGCUGCCCAGGAUCCAGGCCGGAGAUCCAGUGGCUCGCUACUUUGGCUUAAAGAGAGGACAGGUGGUGAAAAUCAUCAGGCCGAGUGAGACCGCUGGCCGGUACAUCACCUACAGACUAGUGCAGUGACAGAUGCCACUGUGGAAGACUCGGAACGUCUUUCCAGACACACUCAUCCCUCGGAGUCCUGUUUUGAUUUUGUUACUUUUUUCAUUUCUAUUCUAAAAUGUGAAUUUUGUCAAAUAAAAUAUAUUGAAAAUA